GUUAGCUUGAUUUAGGAGAUGGCUUUUCUUCACCUGCGAAGCUCCUCCGGCGUUCUCCUCUCCUAAUCGGCGACGGCUCUCACUCUUUCAGGCCAUCCUCAUCAGUUACCGGAGUCCUUUCCGGCGUGUUUUCCGGCUUCUCUCCGGAGUGCUUCGGCUUCUAGUGGCGUGGUUCCUUUUUCUGUUCAAAUGGCUCGACCUCCGACUACGGCGUCUCUGCGACCUUCUCCUUCGUUUUCAAAGGAUCUGUGUGCUUGUUUAAGACUGAGGCGUCCACCGGCAUCGGCUCUGUCGCUGAUUCCUCCUAAUCCACCGGAUCCGCCAGAACCUCCAGACCCUCCCGAUCCCUCGCUAGUACAGACCUCCGCCGGUGUGGUCUCGUGGUCCUUGUCGGUUUGUUCUGUCCCCUCUUUGUCUCCGUCAAGUCAGAUUUCUAAGUUUUUAGAUCUGAGCUCUUUCCCUUUGGUGGCUUCGUCGGGUGCCUUGUCACCUUCCGUUGGAUCCUCUUGGGUUAUUUCUUUUGCCCUUAGGCUCUCCUUUACUGCAGUAUGCAGGUUCUAUUCCGGUUUUGAUCCGGCUCACGUCCCUACCAGGUUUGAUUCUGGAUUUUUAAGCUCUGUCCCUACAAUCUAUUUGAUUUGUUGGUUAGAUAAUGGAAUCGUUAGCCUCAUUCGAUGGAUUUGUGUUCCUGUUUUGGUCACACUUGCCUUUAUGAAUGCAAUGGUAGUAUACAAGACUUCCAUGGUUAGUUUGCCUUGGUUGUGGUUUGACAUUCUUUGUCAUGUUUACUCCUUUAUGGAGUUUUAUGUCCUCUCAAAUGCCCCUUUUGGUGGAAAGAGAUUUAUUGUAGGGAAGAAGAUCUUCUUUGGUGAAGCUAGGCUCACUCUCUCAUCUCUAUGUGAUAUGGGUCUGUGGUUUUCGAUCGUCAUUGAAGUUCCCCUCUUCGAUGGAUUUGUCCGUCGUAUUGUCACAUUCGCGUUGCUAGCGGAAGUUCGUGGCUUGAAGGCCUCCUUGGAAGCAAAGGAUGGUGCUGAAAUCGGUUGUCUUGGAUUGGUUGCUUCUUGGGUUGAGCUUGUUAGCUCCCCUCUAUCCUUAUGUCUCGCUUUGAGUUAUUGCUUUUGUUUAAGCUUUUUUAAUUGCUCGACUAACGUUUUAGUCGUUAGCUUGAUUUGUUUGGCUCUUAGUAGCCUUUUGUAUCCUCUUCUCAUAGAGGCAAAACUCUUCUAAUUUGAAUGAAAUCUCAGUUUGUCC